UAUUUUCCAUAUCACGUUAUCCAUUGAGUGGAUCGUUCCAACAGUUACGAUAUGGCCGCCGCCAGAGGUCCCGCCAAUUCUCUAUUUGUUCCGACCAGUGUACAGUUUAUAACAAUUUAUAAUAUACAUUUUUGAAUAAAUGUAAUCCGCAUCGAGUCCAAACACGAUAAGAUGUAACUUUUGAACUUCCCGUCUGUAGAAUUGGCUUGUAAGGUUAUACGGCAACAUGAGUCACGAACUACGAGCCAUUGUGUGAACCGAAUUGAAAGUCGAAGCUGGUGGAAGCUGGUCAAAGCUCUUUCUCGUACGAGUGGUCGCCAUUUUGUUUUCAUCAGUCCUAUAGAAGUGAGUUGUGAAGUUGAGUGAUAUAAUGAUAUUGCAUUCAUUACAUUACACAUAGUACAUAUUUGGCAGGCGUAUUUAACGGGAAUGUACCUUUUUAUCUUUUUAUAAAUGAACAGUGAAUUUGUAACGUUACAUAUUGUCCGCCAACCUAACGUAUUUUGUUUCUCCUCUACUCCUUUUGUGUAUCGAAUCAUUUUGAACGUCUGAAGCUUAGACUCUAAACAAUCGCGAGCAUUUUGCAGUACACGGAGUAACAUUAAGAACGGUACUUCUCUUCUCUUUUGUUUCUUAAUCGAAAGUAACAAAUAAAUGUUUGUUUCGGUUUGCUCAGCAAUGCAAUGAAUACAAUUGAGUGAAAAAUAAGUAGUUCAAAAGAAAGAUGAUUAAAAGUUAACGUUAUUUUAUUCUAAGUUUGUAUUGCUCGGACAAGUACACGUAUGCACUCUCUCAUCUGCACCGAUCCGUACACACAUGGUUCAUCUACAGGGGAAUGUAAUUUCUCAAAGCGAAUAUGGCUCGAGUCUGCAUAUAUGAACGUGCUGUCAACGCUGUUCUGGCAGAUGUUACAUUCUACGAUAAACUAAAUUAUGUAAACGGAAUAAAGAUCAAAGAUGAGAUACGGGAUCAGCCGGACACCAACGAUUGCGACGCUUCGUUGGCAGUCGACAGAUCGUCCCCGGCGACCCGAAGUAAAUCGAGAGUAAUAGAAGAUCGAUAUUUACUUUCGACGAAUAAUAAGGAGAACGAGCGUGUAUCGUAUAAGAAAUAUGGGGACUCGAAAAACAAAGUAUCGAACGUUAACGAAAGAAAACGUAAAUGUUGUCUGGCGUCGGAGAAUUUAGGAGAGCAAGGGCUUCGAACUGCAAAUAAACGUCGAAAGUAUUCGCGGGGACGCGGACGCGGGGAUCAGUAUCGUGCACGCAAGAGGAAACCAAAGUACUCAGCGGAAUGCGACGUGUGCUUGGUACUAUUUACCAAUGAGACUGAGCUGAAGACUCAUAAGCUAGUGAACGGAACAGGUUAUAGGUGUGUCUGUGAUAAAUGCAACGCGGUAUUCUCGUUGGAAUCAUCGUUAUUGCGGCACAAGUGUUUACCAACGCAACGUCCACAAGUUCGCGGUAGAAAAUAUUUUAUUUGUAACUUCUGCGACCGAAGAUUCUCGUAUAGGAAACCUUUGCAGUCGCAUUUGUUUCACAUACACGGAAACCACAUUCUCCCUUCGGUGGACGAGGUCGUUGAAAACGUCGACAAUGGAACAAUAGAAGAUGCCGGCCAUCGUGUAACUAACGGUGACGCCGAUCGAGUUGACGAAGACGUAUCGAAAGAAAACGUCGAGGAUCACGUAGCGAACAGUCCCACGAGAGACACGUUGAACAGUUCGAAUGGCUCACCGAGAAAAAAAUUGAGGCAGACGACUCUCACGGAAUUUCUUCCAUUCUUAACUAAGAAAGAAUGCGUUACCCCAGAAAAAGUUGGUUCCGCGGAGAAGACCGUUGUUAUUCCUACAGAAAAUGUGACAGAAGGUAUAAAUCUGUUAUCUCGAAAAGGGGUAAUAGACACACCGAUGGGAAACGAAAACUCAGGCUGCCUUGCUCGUAUAGAAACCGAUUCCUUUAUCGAUAUAAUACCAUUCGAUAAAAUAAAAAUUGAGCCGGAAGAUCCCUACGUUUCUACCCCUUCGCAGAACGCGUCGCGCAGGCUUAAACAAAUGGUAAGCGGCGAUGGUAUCCAGUCGUCGGUUAAAUUGUACAAUGAAAUGCCUCUUGAACCAGUCGGUGAAAGGGGCUCGAUUAUUGUCACACGGAGAAAAAAACGGGAAAGUGCGCAGAUAUUGUGGGAACGAAAGCUGAAAGCGGAAUAUAAAUGUAAAGAGUGCGUGAUUCCGUUGGAGAGGUGCGACUGGAUUCUGAAAGGCGAACAUUUAUUCAACGAAUCGGAACGUAGUAUGCUGGAAAGAAUCGCCUCGAUAAAAACGAAAGAGAACUCGAACGAAGAUCGGUUAACGAGUAGAAAUUAUCCGACGUUGAAAGCGUUGGAUGUCCCGCUGGUGAGAGUGAGUAAGGUUGUCAACGUCAAAACGAACGAAGACAAAGAGCGAAGGAGAAAGAGGAGACGUAAACGCGUAACGACGGGUAACGUUAAAGUUAAUAACGUAGCAAAUCGGUGUAGAAUUUGUAAAAUGUCAUUUUCUUCCAAGAAGAACAUGGGCGACCACGUGAAACUACAGCACACGAUUUACAUUUCGAGUAUAUGUAACGCCCGUUACACGUCCAAAUUCAAGUUGUGGCAUCACUAUUUAAUUCGGCACACGAAUUUCGCGAGUAAGAAAUGUCACGUUUGUCACGAGAAGCUGAAGACACGCGCGACGCUGGAACGACACAUGGUCUUGCACUGCAUAAAAAGUAUACGAUCGAGACACGACCGUCUGCCGAUAAAUCGCGAGGCGAGGUGCAACGCGGUUAGGAAAUUGUAUCAGUGCAGAGGUUGCGGUAAACGAUAUUGGUGGAAGUCGUGUUUGGAUCAGCAUCGCAGGGUGUGCUCCCGGAUGAACGCGAAUAAAAAUACGAGGAAGAAAGAGGAAGCCUCUUGCGGGAACGGUAUUAAUACUCGUUUGGGAAACGAGGAAACGACGGCUGUCGCGAUUACCAGCGACAGCGGGGCGAAUAAUUCUUUGACGGAAUAUUCGGGUAACGCGUCGUUUAAUACUUCUUCUGGUACUCGUUUUGUGUCCGCGUUACCCCAUCCGGAUCGGUCGCAGUCGCAAUCGCCGACAGUAAAUCGCAAAAGGCUGAUCAAUAGCAUCGUAUGCGUGAAAGGUUACCAAAUCGACGUGAGCGGAUUGGACAAAACGAAAUUUCCCUGCGUCAUUUGCAAUCGACAAUUUCAAACGUUCCAGAACUUGUGUUUACACGAGCGUACAUACUGCAAGCCCGCCGACAGUCCUUGCACGGUCUGCGGUACCGCGUUCACUACAAAGAGACUCUUGCAACGUCACGUGAUCGACACUCACGCGGCCACGUCAUCGCAAACCUACAAGUAUUUUUGCAAGUAUUGCAACCAGGGUUUCAUUAAAAAACCGAACCUCCACGUUCACGAGCGUCACUUUCACAGCAGCGAGCAAGCCGUCACGACGUCGAGACCGUGUCAGAGCAACGAAAGUACCCUGAGCGUGAACACGGUGUGCUCCGUCUGUAACUUGGUGUUCGAGUCUUACGAGCGUUUCGUCGAGCACAACAUGUACUAUUACAAGGGGCAAGUUUUCACGUGUAUGUUUUGCAGUCAGACGUUCGACGGGCUGUUCAUGCUUCACCAUCACAGCAAGUUGAUACAUUACACGGAGGCGACACGUACCUCGUACGCUUACAUGUGCGACGUAUGCAACGAGGGAUUCUCCCAAGAAUCGCAUUUCCACGCGCACAAGUUCCACGUGCAUUUGAGGGAUGCGCCCGCUGACACCGGCGACCAACUAACGAUACAGGACCACAAUUACGCGCUGAAAUUGAACAACCACGACAAGCAGAUGAAGAUACCGCUGAUGCCGUACACUUGCGACGUGUGCACCUUGAGCUUCACCAACGAGACCGAUCUACGGACGCACGAGAUGGAAUACUCUCUCGACGGUGACUUCCAGUGUAGCAAGUGCGAGAGGAAGUGCAGCAGCUACGCCAUUCUUAGCAAGCAUCAAAGUUUGAACCACAGCGAUUGCGAGGCGAGCAAGUGUUACAGGUGCCGGUUCUGCGGGGAGGUGUUGACGACGAGCAAAUCGAUCGUGUGCCACGAGAGACACUUUCACGCGACCGGCUGCGCUUCGCGGAGUUCCUCUUCGAAGAACGGGAGCCAGCGGUCCGUCGGCAAGGUUCGCGACGAUUCUCACGACGCGAGGGAUCGCUUCACGUGCGUGACUUGCGGCACGAGGUUCGACGAAGAGACCGAGCUAAAGGAUCACUUGUUGGAAUACUCCGACAUCGGUGGGUAUUCGUGCGACGUUUGUCGUAGAAAGUUCGGGGACUCGCAUCGUUUGGAGAAGCACCGAACGAAACACGCGAGAAUGAACGCUGUGUUGUCCGAGCAUCACUGUCCUAUAUGCCACGAGGAAUUUACUAGCGCUGCGAAUGUUCGGAUGCACAUAUUACACUUGCACGGGUACGAAACGUUUUCAGGCGUGCCUACCGAACGACCGAUCGGCACUCGAACGAACAGCGAUACGACGACGAACGCGGUUGUAAACGUCGAAACUGGAUCUGCCAGUUCGUUAAACGGUUCUAUUUCCUCUUCUACCGAUCAACCGCAGCAACGUCUCUUGAGAUGUCCGGAGUGCUAUAUAACGUUCGACACUGAAAUUAAUUUACGGAAACAUAGGUUGCAGUUCCUCGAUACCGGCAACUACAUAUGCGAGUAUUGCGGUCGUAAAUUUCCUAGGCUGAAGCUGCUCAGAGCGCAUGUAAAUAAACACAGCGCCAACGUCGAGGAUCAAGCCCGCUACUUGAAGCACGAAUGCCUCUACUGCGACGAAAAGUUUCGACAUCUGGCGUCCCAGUAUUCGCAUAUCGUGCAUCUACACGGGGAUAAGUUGAACGGUAAGAACAAAAAGGAUCUACCGUUCGCUGAUACCAACCUGGACUUGAACGCUAUAAUGAACGACCUCGACCAUGACCUACUCGACGAUUUCGAAGACGACCGCUGUUCCGAAAAUGCCCCGCUGGAAGUUGUCGACGGAGCCGUCGAACAACCGGUUGCAGCGAAUCCCGUGAACGAAUCGAACGGCGAACAGGAAGUAUCGUCUUCGACGGUAGUCAAUGCUGCCGAUGAAGAAUGUAUCUCUCGAAGGGACGCGACCGACUCAAAGAAUCUUUAUACCUGUCCUAUAUGUAGUUUAACAUUCACGGCGUCGAAUAGAUUCAAAUUACAUUUUAAGUUCACCCAUUGCGACUCGACUUUCGCCGAAGAACGGGUGUUUAUGGAACGCGCCCGCAAAGUACAAGCAUCCCUUUCCUCGACUGGUCACGAAAUGCCAAAAGACUUCAACGUAGACGUAGACGAUUCCGACGUGGUAGAAAUCAUUUUCGAAAAGAAGGCGCGCAACGGAGAAUGCCAUCCAAGGAUUCCAGUGUCCGAUAAAGAUAAUUCCUACAUCCAGGUGUCUCGCGACUGUUACUUAAGAUCCACGAUCAAACAUAUCGGAAGUUCGCCCGUGGCGAAUGCAGCCGCGGUAACCGGGAAUCUUUCGAAACUGAAAGUGAAGUCGUUCGCGAAAUUUAAUUAAACGGCAGUCUGUGGGACGCUUUACGGCAAUACUCCGGUGUCAAACGCUUCAAGCGGCUAAAGUAUCAGAAAUUACCUGUUGCGACUG